AUGGCUAGACAGAAUUUUGUGGGCUUGGUUGUAUCCCAAGGUCGGAUGAACAAGACUGUUAAAGUCAGAGUUCAAGGAAAAGUGUACGACAGAAGAAUAGACAAGGAGGUGAUUCGAAGAAAAGAUUUCCUAGUUCAUGAUGAAGGAAACGUUAGUAAAGAAGGUGACAUUGUUCGUAUUGAGGCCAUCCCCAAAAUUUCCAAACGCAAGGCAUUUGCAAUAGCAGAGAUCAAAGUCAACAAAGGUCAACAGUUUGCGCAGUAUGAAGAUUUGGCGAAACAACGAAUCAAACAAGAAGAUGAAUUGGAAGCAAAGAAGUUUAUUGAAAAUAGGGAAGCUUUCAAGAGCAUAAUUACUCAACUUGAGGAUCUUAGGAAGUUGGAUCAAAUCAGUCACGACAUCACUAGUGGAGAGCAAGAUACUGAAGCCAAUUACCAAAACUUGAUCAAUGAAGUCAAUUCGAUCAAGGCCAAGUACAACAUCAAAUCAUGGCCGACCACCGAACCAAUAAUAGACCUAGAGUUGAAUGAACCCGUAUAUACAUCCGAAGCCGAGAGGAGAGUGUACCACAUGCAAGAAAUCUUGGAUAAGGUCAUGAAUGAUUCAAAAUAUUCUGAAUUGAAAGUGAAGAUAUUGAAUGAAAAGUUGAAAAAUAGGCCGAUUGAUGAGAUUCAAAAGAGUGUUCAGAAGAAUGUCUUGAGAAAGUAUUUCAUGGAUGAAAGAAAUGAAUUGCCAUUUGCCAUAUAG